AUGUCUGCCGAAGAGAAAGUUAGAAAAGCACAUGAGAUGGCUGCUCAAAUGCAAAAAGAGCAAAGUUUUUUCACUAAACUAUCCGCAGCACAAGACAGAAUUACAAGAAUGAGCUACAUGAUUGCACACAAAAUCACCAAAAACAGCAAACCAUUCUCUGAGGGAGACUUUAUGAAGGAAUGUUUGGUUGACUCUGCUGCAAUAUUGUGCCCACAAAUGAAAAAGCAGUUCGAAAACGUUUCAUUGUCAAGGCGAACUGUGGUGAGACGUGUAGAAGAAAUCUGGGAGAACCUGGACCAACAGUUGAAAAGCAAGGUAAAUGAUUUUUCAUACUUCGCACUGGCACUGGACGAAAGUUGUGAUGUUAAAGACACAGCCCAGUUAUUGAUUUUCAUUCGAGGCAUUACCACAAAUUUUGAGCUCACAGAAGAUGAGUCAAUGAAGUCAAUGAAAAAUAUGACUACUGGAAAAGAUCUACUGGAGGCAGUAAAUAACAGCGUCUCAAAACUGGGAUUGGACAAAAAUGUUGAAUUGUUGAAAAGAAUACAAGACCAAGUAACAGAAACAAACCCAGAGCAGAAAAUAAUUCUUCUACUUUGCAUUAUUCACCAAGAGGUCCUCUGCAAAAGCAUUAUGAAAUUAAGCAAUGUUGUAGAUACAGUUACAAAACUGGUCAACUUUAUUAUAGCAAGAGACCUGAACCACAGGCAAUUUGCCUUUCUGCUGGAGGAGUCUGAGUCAGAGCUCAGGGAUGUUCAGUACCAUACAAAUGUUAGAUGGCUUAGUUUGGGGAAAGUUCUGAAAAGAGUGUGGGAUCUGAGAGCAGAGAUUGAUUUGUUAUUGAAAGGAAAAGAUGUGGAUUUCCCUCAAUGGAACAACGUGAACUGGCUCUCUGAUUUCGCAUUUGCCAUGGAUGUUACGGGUCACACGAAUGAACUGAAUUCGAAACUACAAGGUAAGGGACUUUUUGCUCAUGACAUGUAUUCCUUUGUCAAGUCUUUCAUGACAAAGUUGCUCCUUUUCUCCUGUCAGAUUGGAAACAAGCAGUUCACACACUUCCCCACUUUGCAACAGACUACAGUAUCUGACCAGAACCUGGAAAGAUACACAUCGUUACUGCUCGCUCUGCAUGUUGAAUUUUCUCGCCACUUCGAAGAUUUUAGAAUGAUAGAAAAUGACUUUGAUCUCCUCCCCUUUCGCACGUGA